GUAAUAGCUACAGUAAUCCCCAAAAUGAAACGGACAAGAGUUGUGGUAGCUGCUGUACCACUGGUUGUGUUUGCUGCAGUUUCCUUUCUGGCAUAUGGACUGAGUGUCAGCUUCAGACUUCCUACACCAUUUAAUGAAAAUUGUGUUAACUGGCUGAAGUCAUGUGAAGAAAACUGUGUCCAAAACAGUACUACCCCCAUACCCAAACAUGUCCAUUUUGUGUCUCUGAAUCAUCCGUUCUCAUUCAUGGAAUGGCUGGCAGUAGUGAGUGCCAGGAACAAGAUAAAGCCAGACAAGAUCACUGUCUAUACUGACGGACUACAAGACAGCUGCUGGUGGAGACGUGCUCUCCCAUACAUUGACCACCAAAUCAUUCACACAUUGCCUGGGGCUAACGUUUUGAAUCGUGUUCCCAUCAAACUUCUACCACAUAAAUCUGAUUUUCUUCGUCUCUCCAUCCUCUAUCACAGUGGAGGGAUAUACAUGGACACUGACAUUCUUAGUUUGAAUUCGUUCGACCCUCUCCUCAAGCACCAAAUGGUACUGGCUGAGCAGUGUCACUAUGCUCUGAAUGUGGCUCUAAUGAUGGCACAGAAACACAGCUGUCUGGUGUGCAGGUUUGCUCACUACAGCUGUGAGAGAUUCAAUGGUGGGUGGGUUCAUCAUUCUGUCGAUGCACUGUCAUCUUUCAUCAGGGGUUUAGACAAAGAGAAGGAGGGUGUGCUGGUGGUUCCUUGGAAAAAAGGUUUCUUCCCAAUGUGCUGGAAUGCCAACGGAAUCAAUCAACUCUACAAGAAACAUUUUAACGACAUUCCCGACUACAAUAGAUCAGAAAUCUACUCUGUUCACCUGUACAACAACAAGGCUAAGAAUCUAAUACCUAAAACACUGCACAAUUUUGACUGGAUACAGACCAGUACAUCUCUAGUAGGUCUUACUAUCAGGGAAUCUCUGCCACCUGGUUUCUCCAAACAUCAUUUGAAUGAGUCUUCACGGUGCACUGAUAUACAGCUUCCUGACUGACUUUUUGUGGCGUGUCACAUUAUUCCCAUUAUUAUUAUUACAUUGUUUAACCACGGGAU